AGAGACACAAAGAAAAUGUAUGCCAUGAAAUACAUGAAUAAACAGAAGUGUAUUGAGAGGGAUGAAGUGCGGAAUGUCUUCAGAGAGCUCCAGAUCAUGCAGGGCCUAGAACACCCUUUCUUAGUCAAUUUGUGGUAUUCCUUUCAAGAUGAAGAAGACAUGUUCAUGGUGGUCGAUUUGCUUCUAGGAGGGGAUCUCCGUUACCACCUACAACAAAAUGUGCAUUUCAAUGAAGGAACUGUGAAACUCUAUAUCUGUGAGCUGGCCCUUUCCCUUGACUACCUGCAGAGAUACCAUAUAAUCCACAGAGACAUCAAGCCAGACAACAUAUUAUUGGAUGAGCAUGGGCAUGUCCACAUAACUGACUUUAACAUCGCCACUGUAAUAAAAGGAGCAGAAAAGGCUUCCUCGAUGGCUGGAACAAAGCCCUACAUGGCUCCAGAAGUAUUCCAGGUGUUUAUGGAUGGAGGCCCAGGAUACUCCUACCCUGUAGAUUGGUGGUCCCUGGGAGUUACAGCUUAUGAAUUAUUGCGUGGUUGGAGACCUUAUGAAAUCCAUUCAGCCACGCCAAUUGAUGAGAUCCUCAACAUGUUCAAAGUAGAACGCAUCCACUACUCCUCCACAUGGUGUAAAGGAAUGGUGGCAUUAUUGAAAAAGCUCCUCACAAAAGACCCUGAAAGCCGCCUUUCCAGCCUUGUAGAUAUUCAGAGCUCUCCAUAUUUAGCCGACAUGAACUGGGACGCCGUGCUGGAGAAGGCAAUGACGCCAGGUUUUGUUCCAAAUAAGGGGAGGCUGAAUUGUGAUCCAACUUUUGAACUAGAAGAAAUGAUUCUAGAAUCCAAACCCCUUCAUAAAAAGAAGAAGAGGCUUGCCAAAAACAAAUCCAAAGAUGGAGGGAAAGAAAGCUGUGCCCUGAAUGGACACCUACAGCAGUGUUUAGAAACAGUGAGGAAAGAAUUUAUAAUCUUCAACAGAGAGAAGUUGAGAAGGCAGCAGGACACAAGUGGGCAGCUCUCCAUUGGUGAGAACCAUGUGGCACCCCCAGUUCAUGGGAAGCUCCAGGACGGGAGAAACAACAACAUCCUGAGCCAGGCCUGCACACGUGGAUGCAGCUGCUAAGCUCCUGUGGCCUGGCGUGAACCGUGUCUGGGUCUCAGUUCCCUUCUGUGCAUGUGAUGGUAUCCCUUUGUGUCCCCUCCCUCCUAAACCAAUCAAAAAAGAGCACUGAACUAGGACUCAGGAGAUACACAAUCCGGUCCUAGGUC